AGUUGGAGAAAUUACAGUUUAAAUUGCGAUCAUGGCGCUUGAUGUAAAGUCCCGAGCAAAAAGAUAUGAAAAACUAGAUUUUCUGGGGGAGGGUCAGGUAAUGAGAAACAGUGUUCUCUUGCCAAUGUAGUGUUUUGCGUAUGAGCCGCUUUGUUUAGAUUAGCGCUUUAUAGAUUCAAAGAAAACUAAAGUUAUAUUGCUAGCUGCAACGUUAUACUAUCCUAGCUAGCUAGCAGCACAAUGAGCUAGCCAUGGCAUGAGUUGUAAAACGUUGCCGGUUUCUGCAAAGGCAACACCUUCAAAAUCACAGCAAUUUAAAAAGCCUUCUGAUGAUAGCUUGUAUUAACUAACUAGCAGUAAUUAAUUAGCUAAUGUGUUUGUUGACUAGCUAGCUACAUUUAUCUGCUUGUGUCACUUUUGAAGUUGAUGGUAACGUUAGUUUCACUCUGUUUUACUUACCAACGAAUGUUGUUCUUCCUGCCUUCCCACAGUUUGCCACUGUUUACAAAGCCAGGGACAAGACCAACGACACGAUAGUUGCCAUCAAGAAGGUAAAGCCCCUAAGAUCUGGGAUGAAUGGUUCAGGCUCGAAAAAUUGCAUCCUUAAAGAGGGGAAAGGGAGAUCUAAUUUGGUUUUGCUUGACAGGAGGGUCUCAAUGGUGCAUCUAGCAUUUCGUGAGGGUCUUAGGGGCCAAGCCGACUUUCUUUAUCCUCCUGAGGUUGAAGAUGCGCUGUUGCGCUUUCUUCACAACACUGUCUGUGUGAAUGGACCAUUUCAGGUCGUCAGUGAUGUGCACGCCGAGGAAUUUGAAGCUUUUCACCCUCUCCGCUAUGGCCCUGUCAAUCUGGAUGGGGGCGUACUCUCUGCUGUCUCCUGAAGUCCCUGUUCAGCUUCUUCGUUUUGUUGAGGGAGAGGUUAUUUUCCUGGCAUCGCUCCGCCAGGGCUCUCACCUCCUCCCUGUAGGCUGUCUCGUCGUUGUUGGUACUCAGGCCUACCACUGUUGUGUCGUCAGCAAACUUGAUGAUUGAGUUGGCGAUGUGCGUGGCCAUGCAACCAUGGGUGAACAGGGAGUACAGGAGGAGACUGAGCACGCACCCCUGUAGGGCCCCCUUGUUCCGGUUCAGCGUGGCGGUGGUGUUGUUGCCUAUCUUCACCACCUGGGGUUGGCCCCUCAGGAAGUCCAGGACCUAGUUGCACAGGGCGGGGUUCAGAUCCAGGGCACCAUACGGUAAUCACCCUCUGGGCCACCAUAAUCAUAACAUUUUUCAACUGGUCGUUCAGUACCGUUUCCGUUAAAUUCAACAUUGCACACCGUUCUGUCAUACUGAACGCACACCUGAUUCAAAGGGUGUGUGACAGAUUUCAAAACGCUUCCCCGAUAGGGAGCCGAGAGGAUACACUUGUGCUUCCUCGGUAGGAGGAGGUGGUCAAGGAGAGGAGGACACUCCUCCGUUUGCUUAUUAACCAAUUGACACUCCUACAUAUGGCUUCCGGUUUCCUGGUCACGGAGGAGGAUAGGACAGACUUUUUCCCAAUUGAGAAUCUCCCAAAGUACAUUGCCAGCAGCAGCUCUUUUUUCUGCAUAAGGUUUUUGUGUAGGCCUUGUGUAGGGUAUAAUCUGGGGGCUGGGGAGAACAGGAUGCUAAGGACACACUAUGCAAAUGAGCUACGUCCAGGAUUACACCAUGCAAUUUAUGCCAUUCAUCAUGAAACUGUUGAUUCAUAUCCACACUUUAAAACUAUGGUGGUUUGAUUUGAUUAUAAUGUACACUAUUAAAAGUGUGUGCUGUUUCUCCUGGCAGAUCAAAGUUGGACACAGAACAGAGGCUAAAGAUGGUGAGUGUCUGUCUGUCCGCGCACCCUAGUACUGGAGCUUCAGAGUGGUUUAGGUUCAAACUUAUGUAUGGGGUGGUUUCCUUGAUACAGAUAAACCUUAGUCCUGGACUAAAAAGCUAGCUCAGUGGAGAAUCUCCAUUAAAACUGUUUUUUUUGUCCAGAAUAGGCUUAAUCUUUGGGAAACCAACCCAUGAAGUUUGAUUCAGAAUAUUUUUCUCAUGUUUGUUGAUCAUGUAUCUCUCAGGCAUCAACAGGACAGCCCUACGAGAGAUUAAACUACUGCAGGAGUUAAGUCACCCAAACAUUAUUGGGGUAAGAAUCAAACUAAACUCCUACUGUUUAAAUGGAAACUUUCAGUAGUAAUAUUAAUGCUUUCCUGGUAGAGCAUUGAAUCAGUUUCAUCAUCAGUUGCAUUUAUGAUCAUUUAGAGCUCCUUUGGAUAUUAUUCCUAACCAAAGCAUCCUUUAUAAACUAUCUUAAUUAUCUUGCUCACCAUCACCUUUACUGUGAAAUUGUGUAAUGUUCUCAAAGAAAGCACAACAUCAUGUACAGUAUUUCCCUACAUUUACAUCAACGUGUGUCCAUGUCUCUGUUUCUCAGCUGCUUGAUGCAUUCGGGCACAAAUCCAACAUCAGCUUGGUGUUUGACUACAUGGAGACAGAUCUGGAGGUAAGACUGAGCUUCAGGUUUUGGUCAUAUUGGGCCGGUUUCAUGGACACAGAUUAAGCCUAGUCCUGGACUAAAAAGCUUGCUUAAUGGAGAAUCGCCACUGAAAUAGCUUUUUAGACCAUAAGCAUGUUUCCAUCCACACCAUAGUCACACCAUAUAAAAAUAAAUCACGACAGCUGUGAUGGAAACAGGACGUUUCGGUACAAUUUUAUAAAUUGUUCGUUCGACAUGGUGGGAUCUUUUUGUGUCUGUAAAAUGAAAUGUGUGAGAAAUGGCGGUGGAAACGCCUUUUAUGCGCAAAUGUUUAUAUAAUAACCAUCAUAUCAAAGUAAAUUUGGGAGUCUCGCGAUGAUAUGUGUGUGGUCCUCCCACUAAGACUCUGGGAAAAACAUGCAGUUUAUUACAGAUUAAAUAAAUUAUGAUGAACUUCACAGGGUGGUGAAAGUGCACGGUGAUGAGCUUGAUGCUCCUUUCCAAUAAAUAUUUAGGGUCUUAUUCUGGUGACAUGAUGAUCGAUGCUUGACUGCCGUUUGACAAAUAUAAAUAUUCUCGCUCUUAUCCAUAAUAAUCUCAUCAUGUAGACUAGCCUACCUGUAUCUGCAAGCUGUUGGCUAGAGCUUACGUGCCAAGACCAGAGUAGGCACAUUUGCUAUUUAAAGCAACCGUUUUUGUGACAGAACUGUUGGUAGAGUUGAAAAUGCGAUGGAAACACAUUGAACUUUCAAUUUUUAUAUGGUACAUGAAAACGUAAGUGAAAAAAAGUACAUUUUGCAUGCAGUAUGUCAUCACACACUGAUUUUUAUCCGCAGCAAGUCAGUUUGGUGGAAACACACCACUGGUUGGAAAAUGCACAUAUUUUCUUUAUGCGGUUUUUAGAAUAUUUGCAUGAAAUCUGUCGCCAAUUGAAUGGAAACCUAGCUCAUGACUAGGAUUAAUCUGUGUCCAGGAAACUGGCAUUGUAAAUGCUGACAUUCACGGCUGUAUUCUAAAAGUGGCUUUGGACACUAGAGGCCACUACAGGGAUACGCCAUUUAUCUCUCCAGAGAGAGGAGAGGGCAGUACUUGGGCCUCAUGGGUUAAUACAUAGUAUGAAGAUCCUUUUGGAUAUGCGAGAGGGUCCCUUUACAGACUGGUACUCUGUUCAUUCUGUUAGCUCUCUGUGAUGUCCUCCCUGAGGCACAGAUGGGUUCAGUCAAACUGAACAUCAAAGACUGCCCAGAGAGAACCAGAGAGAGGGAGCAGCCUGAGAGCUAUGGUAUUAGUUGGUUUCUAUCUCUGAGGAGUUCUGUAGGGCCAGCUCUGGCCCUGGGGGACAUCUCUCUCUCUCAGCCAUCCCCAUUUCUCUCUCCAUCUCUCCUUGCCUCGAUUUUCUAUUUACUCUGUAUUUAUGGGAGUCUGUGCCUGCCGGAUGGCUUCAGAUGAGUGCCCAGUUUCACUGCCGAUACCUCAAACUCAGGUAGAGAGCAGGAAAACAGACCCCCUUAGAGCCAUAAUGAAGUAUUGAUAGCUGCUCUUAAAUAAUCAAUACCACUCUCCCCUCAGCUCUCAAGAUGAUCUAAUGACCAUUAUCAGAUCAUAGACAGACAGAGAAAGCUCACAGAGGACUGAAAUAUGAGGAGGAUUUGAUAGCCUGACUACAUAUAGAGAUGUUGAGCUGAAAUAAUUUUCUGAUAUCUGUUGUCAGAUCAUCUUGUACUUUCCUGAGAGGCGUUUUGUUGUCUGUGAACCUGCAGCCCUGGAGUUAAGAAAGGGGGUUGUAGACUAUUGAGACUGACACCCCUGGUCUAACUCCCUUUCCUAUGUUCUAGGUGAUCAUUAAAGAUACCAGUCUGGUUCUGACUCCAGCCAACAUCAAAGCCUUCAUAGUGAUGACUCUACAGGGCCUGGAGUACAUGCACCACCACUGGGUCCUGCACAGGGUAGGUUAACACAUACACACUUCCUCAAAGCACGCUCGUACAAUACACACCCUCUCAUAGGUGCCUGUGUGAGGUAAUGUUAGGGGCGGUAGACUGAACUUCAGAAGAAAAAGAAAAAAAAAAAUAUAUAUAUUUGUUCCAAGCAUGUGAUGCUCCUUUAAACUCACCUGGGGCAAGUAACAGGUGUGGGCAAUCUAAAAAUCACACCUGAAAGCAGAUAAAAAGGAGAGAAGUUGACUCAGUCUUUGCAUUGUGUUUCUGUGUGUGCCACACUAAGCAUGGAGAACAGAAAGAGGAAAAGAGAACUGUCUGAGGACUUGAGAACCAAAAUUGUGGAAAAAUAUCAACAAUCUCAAGGUUACAAGUCCAUCUCCAGAGAUCUAGAUGUUCCUUUGUCCACAGUGCGCAACAUGAUCAAGAAGUUUGCAACCCAUGGCACUGUAGCUAAUCUCCCUGGACGUGGACGGAAGAGAAAAAUUGAUGAAAGGUUGCAACGCAGGAUAGUCCGGAUGGUGGAUAAGCAGCCCCAAACAAGUUCCAAAGAAAUUCAAGCUGUCCUGCAGGCUCAGGGUGCAUCAGUGUCAGCGCGAACUAUAUGUCGAAAUUUGAAUGAAAUGAAACGCUAUGGCAGGAGACCCAGGAGGACCCCACUGCUGACACAGAGACAUAAAAAAGCAAGACUACAGUUUGCCAAAAUGUACAUGAGUAAGCCAAAUUCCUUCUGGGAGAACGUCUUAUGGACAGAUGAGACCAAGAUAGAGCUUUUUGGUAAAGCACAUCGUUCUACUGUUUACCGAAAAUGUAAUGAAGCCUUCAAAGAAAAGAACACAGUACCUACAGUCAAAUAUGGUGGAGGUCCAAAGAUGUUUUGGGGUUGUUUUGCUGCCUCUGGCACUGGGUGCCUUGACUGUGUGCAAGGCAUCAUGAAAUCUGAGGAUUACCAAAGGAUUUUGGGUCGCAAUGUAGGGCCCAGUGUCAGAAAGCUGGGUUUGCGUCCGAGAUCAUGGGUCUUCCAGCAGGACAAUGACCCCAAACAUACUUCAAAAAGCACCCAGAAAUGGAUGGCAACAAAGCGCUGGAGAGUUCUGAAGUGGCCAGCAAUGAGUCCAGAUCUUAAUCCCAUUGAACACCUGUGGAGAGAUCUUAAAAUUGCUGUUGGGAAAAGGCAACCCAUCCAAUAUGAGAGACUGGAGCAGUUUGCAAAAGAAGAGUGGUCCAAAAUUCCGGGUGAGAGGUGUAAGAAGCUUAUUGAUGGUUAUAGGAAGCGACUGAUUUCAGUUAUUUUUUCCAAAGGGUGUGCAACUAAAUAUUAAGUUAAGGGUGCCAAUCAUUUUUGUCCGGCCCAUUUUUUGAGUUUUGUGUGAAAUUAUGUCAAAUUUGCUUUUUUUCCUGUUUUUUUUUGUUGUUAUUCCAAUACACACAAAGGAAAUAAACAUGUGCAUAGCAAAACAUGUGUAAUUUCAAUACUUUUCUGUGAGAAAUACUUCAUUUUCUGGAAAAAUUUCAGGGGUGCCAACAAUUUUGGCCAUGACUGUAUAUAUAUAUAUAUAUAUAUUAUAUAUAUAUAUAUAUAUAUACUGAACAAAAAUAUAAACGCAACAUGCAACAAUUUCAAAGAUGUUACUGUUCAUAUAAGGAAAGCAGUCAAUAUAAAUGAAUUCAUUAGGCCCUAAUCUAUGGAUAUGGAUUUCACAUGACUGUGCAGUGGCGCCUACUGGGGAGCCAGGCCCAGCCAAUCGGAAUGAGUUUUUCCCCCACAUAAAGGCUUUAUUACAGAAAUAAAUACUCUUCAGCACCCACCCCCCUCAGACAAUCCAGCAGUUGAAGAAGCCGGAUGUGGAGGUCCUGGGUUGGCGUGGUUACAUGUGGUCUGUGGUUGUGAGGCCUUUUGGACAUAAUGCCAAAUUCUCUAAAAUGACGUUGGAGGCGACUUAUGGUAGAGAAAUGAAAAUGAAAUUAUCUGGCAACAGUUCUGGUGGACAUUCCUGCAGUCAGCAUGCCAAUUGCUCGCUCCCUCAACUUGUGGCAUUGUGUUGUGUGACAAAACUGCACAUUUUAGUGGCUUUUUAUUGCCCCCCAGCACAAGGUGCACCUGUGUAAAGAUCAUGCUGUUUAAUCAGCUUCUUGAUAUGCCACACCUGUCAGGUGGAUUGAUUAUCUUGGUCAAAGGAAAAAUUGUAUUUGCUCCAUAGUAAAAUACUGUGUCUGUGUGUAGGAUCUGAAGCCCAAUAACCUGCUGCUGGAUGAGAAUGGUGUGUUGAAGCUGGCUGAUUUUGGUUUGGCUAAAGCCUUCGGCAGCCCUAACAGAAUCUACACUCACCAGGUAGUCACCAGGUAGGUGUCACUCUCAAACUCAAUUUCAAAGCUUUUAUUGUCCAUUUAGUAAAAAUUACAUUAAAAUAAAUGUAAUGUGUCACUGUGUUUGUGAUGCAAUGUUUGCGCUCUCUCAGGUGGUAUCGUUCUCCAGAGUUGUUGUUCGGAGCCAGGAUGUAUGGGGUGGGCGUCGACAUGUGGGCUGUGGGCUGCAUCCUUGCAGAGCUCCUCUUAAGGGUACACUCACACACCACAUAAGCUCAGUCCAAUUUAAACAUUGAGACGAGACAAAACUGGACAAUUUGUCUGGAUAAAGGUACAAAAACCCUGUGAAACUAGGCAGCUCAGAUUAAUUGAACUUUGUUCUGAAAUUGUCUUGUCUCAUGGUGACUUUUUGAUCAAGACUGAGCAUUAAUGUUCGACAUAACUGUAUUGUCAGACACACACCUUUCUGUACACCCACUAUUUGCAUCCCAAAUGGAACCCUAUUCCCUAUAUAGUGUACUACUUUUGUCCAGGGCCCAUAGGAAUAUGUUGUCAUUUGGGACUUAGCCCAUGCUCGAUACAUGUUUGUGGUGUAACACCCUGUCUCUCUCCAGUUACCCUUCCUAGCAGGAGACUCGGAUCUGGACCAGCUGAGUAAGAUCUUUGAAGCUCUGGGUACUCCUACAGACAGCACCUGGCCUGUGAGUCUGUAUUUUCUGUGUCUGCAUGUGUGGUUAUGUAAGACCAAGCAUCUGCUUUAAAAUACCUGGUCCCUCAAUACUAAAUUGUGUAUCUAAAUAAUGCCUUCAUGUCUCUAUCUAACUCUGUGCUUCUCUGUCUCUCUCCGUCUCUCUCUCUCUCUCUGUCUCUAGGGGAUGAGUAGUCUACCUGACUAUGUGUCGUUUAAGUUGUUUCCUGGUACUCCUCUGGAACACAUCUUCAGUGCUGCAGGAGACGACCUCUUAGAGCUACUACAGGGUCUAUUCACCUUCAACCCCUCCACACGCCUUACAGCUACACAGGUAUGCUGGUGUGCUGUGGCACUCGGUGUCUUUCACAAGUUCCUUAGUUUUUAGCAUAGUUGUAUUACCCUGCGUAUUAUAUGCAUCCCUAAUGGCAUCCUAUUCCCUAUAUAGUGCACUACUAUUGUUUUGACCAGAGCCCUAUGGGGAAUAGGGUGUCAAUUGUGACACUGCCUUAGUUGGGCUUCACUCUGUGAAUAUUCAGUGCUGUUUCUCCUAGCUCUAAAGCCCCCCCCCCCUUCUACCCCCUGUCUCCAGGCUCUAAAGAUGAGAUACUUCAGUAACAGACCAGGUCCGACCCCCGGGGCCCAGCUGCCCCGGCCCAACUCCUCAGCAGAGGCUCUCAAAGAGAAGGAGAACCUCACCAUCGGAAUCAAGAGGAAACGAGAUGGACUGGAGACAAGUAAAUAACCCCCCUCACCAGUGGAGUCAAUAGCACAGACAUCAUUAUUCCAUCAUACAUGGUUGUGUUUGACAUUGGGAAAUAUUAUUCUGCUUGCUUAUUUAAACUGAUGGUUUGGCUUGUACAAUGGAUUCAAGGACUGGUUUCUAGAUUUGGUGGGGCCAGCAAGGGACCCUCCCGUUCCUAGAAUGCAUACAUAUUUUUGGACUGUGACCAUGUUAUCAGAAAUACCCUCAUCAAUUAAAAACACGUAAUCUCACACACUGUCAGAGGAACAUGCUUUUACUCGCAUAGAGCUGGAAUCCCAUUAGAUUCAGAGGCCAGUAAUUAAAAGGGUGUCGGCGGUAAAAUGACUGCUAUAGCAACCCAGGACUAGAACACACACACACACACACACACACAGUUGAAAGGGUGGUGGCAGGACAUUUUACUGCAACAGAAGCCGUGUUACUGGGAGGAAACCGUGUGUUACUGGGAGGUUCAAAGCGGUGGUUUAAGAACUAUUUAGGUCGACUGGGCUGUAUAUUAUAAUACGCUGAGCUAUAUUUAAAAAGAGGCUCUGGGUGCUGAAAUCUGAAUUUAGUUGUUAGCAGAUGGUGCGUGUAUACGUUCAUUAAAGCAAUGGUUGUUUUUCCUUUUCAGGCACCAUAAAGAAGAAACUGAUACUGUGAGAGGGGGGAUUUGCUUCGGUGGAGCAACAUGACCACUCCUGCUGUUGAACUCCCAGAGUGGUUCAUUGGACUAGGUAGAAGUUUCCCCUAACCAGUGGUCCAGGGUCAUUAUUUUUUUUACAUUUGGUGUUAGGUCAUGUGAUCCUAGAUCUGUGGUUAGGGA